AUGUAUGAUAAUAAUUAUGUAAAAACGUCAUCAACUUGCUCAUCGACAACAUCAUCGUCAUCAGCCUCAUCAAUUGAUGGUAUAACGAAAAAACUAUUAACAAAUGGAAAUUAUUUUCCAUCUUAUUAUCAACCACCACAAUAUUCUGAUAGACUAACGUUAAUAACGCAAACAAAUAAUACAGUGAACAAUAGUAAUUCUAGAACAGAUUUUAAUGAUAAGAUUAAUAAUAGUAAUAACAGUAGUAGGAAUAAUCAUAUUCAUAUGACCAAUGGGCAUUAUGCUCAAUCGUCCUGUUCAUCGUCAUCUCAAUUGUCCCCAAAUGAUCCACUUUAUUCGUGGUUAAAUGCUGGUACUGUUACACCAUCACAAAGUCCAGCUACAGUGAGAAUGAUAUCGAAUGAUGGUCCUGCAUUUCCUCUACCAUUACAUUUACCACCUGGUCAUAUGGUUCAACAAUUAUUAGAUGAAAAUGGAAUUUUAACACAUGUUAUUUUGUCACAACAUCAUCAUCCAGUAACACAACCACAUCAUCAUGUACAUCCCGGUUAUCCUCAAACACCAUAUAAUGGUAUCUAUCAUCAAUAUCAAAAUCCACUACUUGGAUAUCCAGAACCUUAUAGACCAUGUAAUCAUGUUUCACCACCAAAUCCUGCUUCAUCAUGUCAUUUACAUCCAAAUGAUACGAGUGGAACGAGUACAACAACGAAUCAACGUCGUUCACCGGCUUAUGAUAAUAAUAACAAUAACAAUAAUAAUAAUAAUAAUAAUAACAAUAACUGUACAAAUUCAAAUAAUAAUCGAAUGAACACUGGACAAAAACGUCGAAUACCCAAUAAUUCAUAUGUAAAUAUGGGUGGAUCGAUGAACGGAAGUGAUAAACAACAACAACAUUAUUCACAUUAUUAUUCACCGGAAAUGAUUGCCAGCAAUAUAUCGCCAGAACCAGAAUUAUGUGAAUAUGAUAAAGAACGACAAACAAUCGAGGAAGGCCUAUCAAAUUUGGCUCCACCAAAUGUGCAAGAUAUUGAAAGUCGUAGCGCUUUAGUUCGAUUACAACCGCCAAGAUCUUCAUCGUCUUCUGUAUCAUCAUCAUCAACACCUACUACCACAACAUCAUCCUCAACACAACAACAAGAUGAUUAUCAAAUCGAUUUUACCAAUUUAGGUUAUGAAUUAUUACUGUCAGAUAAGGGGAAAGAUGCUAAAUACAAACAAGUGUACAGUGGUGAUGCAAGUGAAAUUACAUUGAAAGAUUUGAAACCAGCGACGGAAUACCAUCUCAAAGUAUGUGCCUGUAUUAAUGCUUAUAAAGGUGAAUAUACAAAUCCAGUAUCAUUUGUGACUGAAUCAUGUGAGCCAGAUAGACCAUUGCCACCAAAAUUAUUAGGUGGAAGAUCAAAAAGCGCAUUGAAUUUAAAAUGGAGUGCAGCUAUUGAUAAUGGAUCGAAAAUUUUAAAUUAUAUAUUGGAAUAUGAUGAAGGCAAAGGUCGUGAAUAUACUGAAAUAUAUCGUGGUGUGAAAAAACAGUUUAAGAUUACUAAAUUAAUACCAGCAACAAUUUAUUCAUUUCGUUUGGCAGCAGAAAACAGUAUUGGAAGAAGUGAAUUUAGUGAUGUAGCUCAAUUCAGUACAAUAGGCACGAUUCCACCUGAGCCAGAUCCUCCUAUGCUGGGUGGAAAAGGAAUUGAAUUUUUAACAUUAACAUGGAUUAAACGUCAAAUGGAUGAAGCAUUCACAUUGCAAAUGAAUGAUGAAUCAAAUUAUUUUUCAAAUAAAUAUAUGGGUUCGAAUUUAUCCUAUACAGUGACGGAUUUAUAUCGAAAUACGGAAUACAAAUUUCGCUUGGCAGCUAACAAUGAAGAAGGUCAAAGUAAUUAUUCACGGACUGUAGCUUUUCGAACGUUGCCUGAUCGACCAUUACCACCAUCAAAACCCCGUACAAAAGGACAGAUUCAACCAACAUAUUGUCGAAUUACUUGGGAUCCCCCGAGAGAUAAUGGUGGAUCGGAUAUUCAACGAUAUCAUUUAGAAUUAGAAGAAGCAAAAGCUGAUGACGGAUUUCAUAUGAUAUACAAUGGUUUAGAAACUGAACAUUGUCUAGAACAGUUAAUACCUGGUCAUACCUAUUUAUUACGUGUAUUUUGUACGAGUGUGGGCGGUCAAAGUGAUUUAUCAGAUAUAACAAAAAUUCAAACACCAGCUGUGGCUCCAGCAUCUUGUCAUCCACCUAGAGUAUUUGGAAAACCAAAGGCCAAUUCUUUACAUCUUCGUUGGGCAUAUCCAGAUUAUGAUGGCGGUGCAACUGUGAUUGAUUUCGAAGUACAAAUAACAAAUCCUGAUAAUUCAUCGAGACUUGUUUAUCGUGGAAAAGAUUUAGAAUGUACAGUAACGGCUCUACUACCAGGGCGACCGUAUCUAUUUCAAGUUCGAGCGUUUAAUAAAGCUGGCGCUGGUCCAUGGUCCGAAUAUUUGGAUGUUCUAUCUGGUCCUGGUGUUCCUGAUGCACCAAGAAAUUUUCUCGUCCAAUGUCGUGCUGUUAACAGUGCAAUAAUCACUUGGGAAGAAGGAGUUAAUAAUGGUGCGGCCAUAACAGAAUAUCGACUGGAAUGGUCAAGAAAAGAAGGAGAUAGUUUCACACAGUUAUAUUGUGGACCAAAUAUUUCUUAUGAAGCAAAAGGUCUCGUACCGGCAACACUUUAUUGUUUUCGUGUACAGGCAGUGAAUUCUGCAGGACAAGGUCCAUAUACGGCGAUUGCUUCCUGCAUGACACCAGCAACGUGUCCCUCUAUUGUUACAUCAGUAAAAGCACAUGCAAAAUCAACAUCUAUCUCAUUAAGUUGGAAAGUGCCAGCGAAUAAUGGAUCACCAAUUACCGGAUAUUAUAUUGACAUUGGAGAAAAGGAAUUAAUAUUUGUUGGAGAAUUAACUGAAUAUACAAUUGAUGAAGUUUUACCAGAUACUACAUACAGAAUACGUGUACGAGCUGUCAAUAAUAUUGGUCCUGGACCAUUCUCAUCAACAGUGAAAUGUCCAACAAAAAGUUUACCACCAGACCCUCCACGUGUAGAAUGUAUAGUAGUAACAUGUAAUUCGUUAAAACUAAAGUGGGGCAAUAGUGAACAAUUACAAAAUAGAAUUGUGCCGACUACUACUACACCACCAUCCAUACUCAUGGAUACGCUAAUUAAUAGUAACACAAAUAACAGUAACACUUCUAAUACCGUGACCACCACCAACUACAACAACAAUAACAACAAUCAAAAACUAAUCACAUAUACAGUAGAAAUGGAAGGAAAAGACGGAAUUUUUAAUUCAAUUUAUACUGGUACUAGUUAUACAUAUAAAAUCAAUAAAUUACUAGAAUCUACGCCAUACAAUUUUCGUGUAUGUGCCAGAAAUGAAACGGGUUCUGGGCCAUGGUCAGAAGUUUAUACAUUCUCAACAACAAAGGCACCGCCAAAUGCCUUGAAAGCACCAUAUAUAACUGAUAUAUCAAGUACAUCAUGCCUUAUUAAUUGGCAAUCACAUAAACCGUUAGGAAAAGACGGAAUUAGUUAUAUAUUACAAAAACAAGAACAAAAACGAGAAAACGAUUAUUCAGAACUGUACAAGGGUGAAAUGACAUCUUAUCGUGUAACGAAUUUGGAACCAGGUAUUGAUUAUUAUGUUCGUGUAUGUGCAAUACGUGUGACGAAUGAAGGCAUUCUAUUAAAUGGUUCAUAUAGUCCUGUAACCCAUUUUAUAUUGCCUCGUCCAGAUGAAUUAUUACAGCAACAACAGCAGCGAUCAUUAAAUAAUCGUUCGUCUUCAAACAAUUAUCCUCAUAAUAUCUCUACAUCGUCGAAUAAUAAUACGAUACAGGAGCGUUUGUUGUCAUCGUCGUUGUCGUCAUCAUCAUUUUCUCACCAUCAUGCUUCCAAUUCAGCAUCAUCUACAAUAACAUCAACGAAAAAUCCAGGUCUAUCGAAUAAAUGUAUUUCUUUUAUACAACGUAAAAUGAAAACGUACACAACGUUUGAGAGUCGUCAAUUAACGGAUCAAGAAUGGGCUGUCAUUAUAUUUAUAUGUUUUACACUAUUAGCUAUAUUUGUGGCUGUUAUGGCUAAUUUUAUCUACACAAAAUAUGGCGGUAUAACAACAACAACAUCAACAAUGCAUGGUGGUAUAAAGACACAAACGAGAAAAAUUCGGAGCCGGCAAACAGUUCUCGGCUUCGACUCCGGCUCCGAUUACAAUAAUUCACGCCCGGCUCCGGCUCCAAUCGCAGUAUUUGACGCCCCGGCUCCGGCUCCAACUCCGGCUCCAAGUUCAAUGUUUCCCGUCCGGCUCCGGCUCCGUUUAUAA